UAGUUCUUCCCGGCGUCUUCUUUCAGGGGAACGGUGCGGUUAAAGAUGAGCUUUCCGGGCGUGCUGUCCGGAUCGACACAGAAAUAUCCAACCCGUUCAAACUGGAAGCGGUCGUACGGUUUUGAGUUUGCAAUUGAUCUGUCAACGAGCACAUUGUGA